UUAUCAGCGUACCUUUGUCUCUGACCUACACCUACACCUAUUAGUCACUUAUUCGCAUUUCACAAUCGCUGAAGCUGCUGAAACAAAUGGUUUCAGUUUUCUUUCGUCUUUUGUCAUUUUUGUUCAUCCUUUUGUAAGCUUCAGUCCGAACGUGAAUGAUCGUCCGAGUUGUUUUCUUUAUUAAUCAUCGAUAAUUGAUAAAAUACUUCGCUAUGAGCAAAGCUUUGCUCACCUUCUGAUUCUGAAGUGCAUCAGCCUUUUUCGGUUCACAAGUCUAAUUGUUUAAAAUUUAUGAAUCCCACCUUGGCUUAACCCUGCACCUUCGUUUAUUUUGUUAUCUUGUCUUAUUGAAAAUGUCUUCUGAUAACAGUACAUGUAAAAUCGUCCCUAUGCAAGAUUUAGAGGCAGAUGUCCAAGAUUUGUGCCGUUUAAGUAUUGAAGCAAGAAAAGCGUCUUACAGUCCCUACAGUCAGUUUGCAGUUGGAGCAGCUUUAAGAUGUACUAAUGGAAAACUUUACACAGGAUGCAAUGUUGAAAACGCUUCCUACAGUAUUGGAAUCUGUGCUGAGCGAACAGCUAUAGUGAAAGCUGUCAGUGAUUCCUUCCAGAAGUUUACUGCCAUAGCUGUUUCUGCUGUUCUGAGAAAUGAGUUUGUAUCUCCUUGUGGUGCAUGCAGACAGUUUAUAUCAGAAUUUGCGAAAGAGAGAAACAUUGAUGUUUAUCUAGUCAAUCCUGAAUUAAAUAAUGUCUGUGUUACCUCAAUUAGUCAGUUGUUACCACUUAGUUUUCAAUUUUGAUACAAACACAUGAAUACUAUUUUAUAUCAGAAUUUGCGAAAGAGAGAAACAUUGAUGUUUAUCCAGUCAAUCCUGAAUUAAAUAAUGUCUGUGUUACUUCAAUUUGCCAGUUGUUACCACUUAGUUUUAAAUUUUGAUACAAACACAUGAAUACUUAAGUCUUUAGAAACAAAGCGGUGUCUACUUUGUGGCUUUCAGAACUUUUAAGCUGCUAACAAUGGCUUGUCAAUGAAUUAGGUUGCUGCAUUAUGUUAGCAAAUAUGGUUUUAAACGUGAUAGAGUUCUUAUUCAAUCUUAUUCUAAAAAUGUUUGUAUAAAACCUUUUCGGCUCUAAUUGGCAUAAAACCGACAAAUUUUGAAAAUAAAAUAAAUAAAUAAAACCCAAAAGUUCACCAAAAAGGAAAGCGAGUGAAAUUAAAAGAUUUUGAGUUUGAACUCAAUCACUGUAUUAAGAUUUUUGAAGUUGCACAGAGUUUCACAAAAUAUCCAGAAAGAGUCUAGAGUUCCUUGUAAGAUUUAAAGAUGCACAAAACAGAGCACAGAGUUAAAGAUGUAGCACUGAAUUUGGGAAUUCACGCAAACUUGUGGUCUGAGAGAUGUUAGAAGACCAAAAUUAAACUCACGUGGGUCUAGGGUCUAAGAGAUGUUGAUAACACCUCGAAAAGUAGGCAGCACAUGCUUAUAGCCUUACUGACAAUAUUACUUGUGAUUGGCUGGCUAUAAUUUAUGUAGCUAUCAGCUGUAAGUUUGGUAAUUAAAUUUGAGGGUUCAUAAAAAAGAUAGUUGGAGGAUAAUAGAAAAGAAACGAAAUUUUGAAGAAAAAGAGAUGAAUCCAGCCAACCUUUAUAAAUGAAUAAAAGUAAAGAAUGUUUUUAAGAAACAUAUUUGAAAAUGUUGACAUGGCUCCUAUCUGUUUCAAUGUAAAAAUCAAGCCAAGAGUUGGCUUAAUGAUGACAAUACCUGAUUCAUGUCUCCUGAACUUCAAUGGAUACACAAGGAUCAUUCAGGAUGUAUCAAAAUGCCAGCACCAGUUUUUUUUCCAAUUUGUCUUUAUUAUUGAAAAAAAUUAUUUUAGUGAAUUAUUUUAUGUGCAAUAAUUAAGUUGGGAAUUUCCAAUAAAAAAUGUGAAAUUUAUGCUUUUAGAUUUCUCCUUGAUUUCUGCUUGGAGGGCUCAUUUUCAUUGACAUAUUAAGUAUUUUGUAUUUAACUGUAGCUUUACCUACACUAAUAAAUGAAUUAUUUUUUGGUACUAACACUUUGAAGCUUUAAAAUUCAAGAGGCAAAAAAAAAUUGCUUGCUUUUUUUUUCAACCUAGUAACACAUGAUUGGAAAGUAAAUGGGAACAAACAAAGUUUUAAUUUUUUUAAAUCUCCUACCUCAAUUCUGUAAUUUACUGCCUGAGACUUGAGACCCCUCAGUUUUCUUUUAUAAUAAGCCAAGGAUUGUUGAAAUUAUGUGUUUGUGAACUGUAAAAGCCAAAAUGGAGUUAUGUGAUUGGUCGCAAUUGUUUUUCGUCCUCUUUGUCAUACCUAGGUCAUGUAAACUCUGAACCCUAUGUCUAUUGCUUUGAAUAUGUACUUUUGUUUAAAAUGAAGACUUUUCUUUUGGUUCUUUGUCAAAAAAUAAAUAAAAAAAAAUGCAUCAAAAGUC